CUCCAACGUAAUAUUACCCAAUCAGCGCUUAGGUAUCCGGCCUGCAUCUGCCGACCACCUUGAGAUCUAGCUAGUAAUUGAUCAUUGCCAGCCGCUGACAAUCCCUACCUCUUCGUGUUCACGGGCGGGACCUCGUAAGGCUCACGAUGUGUGCAUACUUCGCUUCCUUAAAGAAUCACGUAGAACUAGUAGAACGGCGAUUCGGUAUCGCCAUCACAUCGCGGUCUGCGGCCUCGCGACGGGCGUCCGCCACGCGAGCGCUCGAGCUGCGACCGUGAAGAGGGAUAUAAAGUCUUGGUCGCCCGACGAAUGACAAAGAGAUUCAUACCGUACUUAUUGAAUCAAUCUAAACCGUCAAGGACUUACUUUACUAAGACCUACAUACCUACUACCUACAUAAUUGAUAGUUAUUUAAUAUCUAAUACCCCAGAUAUCAAAUCUGCACCUACCUACCUACCUGCCAAUUACGCCGCAUCAUCGCCAUUAGCAAUCGCCAUUACCGAUCAUCUCAUCCCCAUACAAUAGUAAAAGAAAGCAAAAAAAAAAAGAUGCUCACUUCACUCCUCACCAGCCUAACCCUCCUCGCCCUCGCGGGAGCCACCCCGGUCCCGCAAACCGCGCAACAGCUCUCGCGGGCCAAGGCGUACCAGCUGCAGAUCCAGCUGCUGGACCCGACCAAGGAUCUCGAGCCGUCGAUCGCGGGCACGUACAUCGGCACGAUCCACGUGGGCGCGGGCCUCAACGUCGCGGUCGCGGGGGGGCGCAACGUGUCGGGCGACACGCCGUUCUACACCAACGGCACGGCGGCCGAGGGAUACGUCGAUGUGCUCAAUGACUUGGGUACCGCGUACCCGUGGGGCAUCAAGGUGCAGGACCAGAAUAGCAGCGAUGCGACGUAUCCUGGCGAGCACGAUGUUGAGAUUGAUGUUGGAGGGGGGUCGAAUGGGCUGGGUUUGGUUACGGAUGGUGGUGAGGUUACGUUAGGGGGUCUUGCCGCGGGGAAUUACGCUGUGUGUAAUCGGUUUAACGGGUAUGUGAGGGCGAACUUGACGAUGGUUAAGUACGUGUAUGAAGGCGAGACGCUGCCGGAUGGGUGUGUGGGGAUCGAGUUCGUGCCCCUGUGCGCGGAGCUGAAUACGCUGCCGGAGGGUAGCGAGUGGACGCAUGACUUUGUGCAGGAGGUUGAUUGUGUUGUUCCUGCUUAAAGGACUGGGGAGUGUAUACUGCCUGCUAAGCACUCAUGGGAGGUGAAAUGGGGGAUAUUGGGCGGAAGGCAUGUCGACCGUCUACUGGGCGCGACAUUAAUGGUAAUGUGCUAUUAUGAAGGGAUUCGAUUUAUCGGAUGGGCGAACGCAUGCCGCAUUCAAGGAGUUCGGAUAGCAUAGCGGGACUCAUGAGUUCAUGAUAUUAUAGAUCUUGAGAGUUAUUGCUCUAUCUAGAUACCUACCUAGUACAUACCUAUUUAAUGUGAAAGGAACUUGAUAACGAAG